AUGGACCAGACGUCCGGUCUCCGUCGCGGACAUUUCCAAUCCAGUCGGGCAAGCACACACGUGCCCUCUUUCGCAGGACGACGAGUCAAGCACUGUCAAGAGAAGUCAAGGCAAGUCAAGGCUGGUCAAGCGUCAGUCAAGGCUGCUCGCAAUCGAGACCCCGGCCAGCCAAUGCGAAUGAACGGCGGCGGCCCCACCACGUGCGGAGGGGCGGCCGGGGCAUUGGCCGCCACCGGAACCUUAAGGAGCCCUAAGCGGCCUGCCCAGACUAUGCCAAGCGCUAAGCCAUGGCUCCUGCCCAGAUAUGCUUUCGGGCUGGGCGAAUCGCAGCCGUGGCAGGCCAAACGUGCUGCAGUGACAGAUGUCGCGCAGUCUUCUGGAAGGAGGGCCCGGAGACGCCGUCCAGCUCAUGCUGCUGUCAGGCCGGUCUCACCAGCGCUCUGCAACAUCCCAUCCACACCCUCAAAGAUCAGAGAGUUCACCGUCAAGAUGGUGCUCCACGAGUACACCUACAUCUUCGCCAUCGGCACCAUCUUUGCCAUGCUCGAUGCAUACAACAACGGUGCCAACGAUGUCGCCAACUCCUGGGCCACCAGUGUUUCCUCCCGCUCCAUCUCCUACCGUCAAGCCAUGGUCUUCGGCACCAUCUUCGAGUUCCUGGGCGCCGUGACCGUCGGGGCCCGCACCGCCGACACAAUCAAGAACGGCAUCAUCCCCCCCGAGGCAUUUGAAGGCAAUGCCGGUGUUCAGAUGCUGGCCUUUGCCUGCGCCCUCGCCGCCGCUUCAUCCUGGGUGAUGUGGUGUACCCGUCACUCCACCCACGUCUCGUCCACCUACUCGCUUGUCUCGGCCAUCGCUGGUGUUGGCGUUGCUACGGCCGGUGCAUCCUCCGUGCAAUGGGGCUGGAACAAGGGCAGCGGACUCGGCGCCAUCUUCGCUGGCCUUGGAAUGGCACCCGCUAUCUCGGGCUGCUUCGGCGCAAUCAUCUUCCUGCUGAUCAAAUUCGUCGUGCACGUGCGCUCCAACCCAGUCCCCUGGUCCGUCUGGACAGCCCCUUUCUUCUUCCUCAUCGCCGGCACAAUCUGCUGCCUGUCCAUCGUGUACAAGGGCUCGCCCAACCUUGGCCUCUCCAAGAAACCCACCGGCUGGAUCGUCGGCGUGACGCUCGGAACCGGCGGCGCCGUCUGCCUUCUUUCAGCGCUGUUCUUCGUUCCCUUCGCCCACGCCCGCGUCAUAAAGAAAGACCACACCCUCAAGUGGUGGCAGUUCAUCUACGGCCCGCUCCUCUUCUCCCGCCCCGCCCCCGCCGACUCAGCAGGUGAAAUCGCGGCAAAGGUCCCCAACUACGCCGUCAUGCAAGACGACGACCUGCCCAGCCCCGGCUCCCCCGAAACCCUCGUCGACGAGCCACUCCCACCCGCCGCCAAGUCCGAGAAGAACAACACCUCCGCCUCCGCCGCCGAAGCCCAGCUCGACUACAAGGAGCUCGUCGCCCGGGGCCAAGAGCGCUUCCACGCGAAGCUCCGUCGCGGCCGCGGCCCUCUCGCCUGGGCCAUGCGCACGCUCCACGAGAACCCCAUGGGCUCCGGCGAGAUCUACGAGCUGCACAACAUUAAGAUCCUGCUUAAGCGCAUCCCGGCUAUGGUUACGGUUGGUCUGCUGUACGGUCUGCACUACGACAUCCACGCCGCGCAGUCCGGUGUCCAUGGGACUCCUGAGGGGGCGCGCAUGGAGCGCGUAUACUCGCACGCGAAGAAGUACCCCAACGAAGUCGAGCACACGUAUUCCUUCGUCCAGAUUCUGACGGCGUGCACGGCGUCGUUCGCGCACGGCGCCAACGAUAUCGGUAACUCGGUUGGGCCUUGGGCUGUGCUGUACUCCGCUUGGACAACCGGCAAGGCAAGCGAGAGCAAGGCCGAGGUUCCGGUGUGGCAGCUGGCUGUCCUGGCGAUUAUGAUUUCGAUCGGCCUCAUUACGUACGGGUACAAUAUUAUGAAGGUCAUGGGCAACAAAAUAACCUACCACUCCCCCUCCCGCGGGUGCUCCAUGGAACUCGGCGCCGCCAUCACGGUCCUCGUCUUCUCCCAGUACAAGCUUCCCGUCUCAACGUCCAUGUGCAUCACCGGCGCGACGAUCGGCGUCGGUCUGUGCAAUGGAACGCUUAAGGCCGUGAACUGGCAACGGGUUGGACUGCUGGGGCUCGGAUGGAUCAUGACGAUUCCGAUUGCGGGGACGCUGGCGGGGUGUCUUAUGGGGUUGAUUCUUAAUGCGCCGCAUUUCGGGUCCUAG